CUACAGCACCCACACCUUUCAGAGAUUUUCCUACUCUCCACCUACAAGGCCAUCAUGGAAAUCUCAAAGGAAGCAUUCUUUGAAGAAUUUGAGAACUAUUCCUAUACCGUAGAAUAUUACUCCCAGGAGUCUGAUUCAGAGGAGACGCCGCACCUGGGAAUCAUUCACUGGAUCUCCCUGCUGUUAUAUGUCCUAGCAUUUGUUCUGGGAGUUCCGGGAAACGCCACUGUCAUUUGGUUCAUGGGAUUCAAGUGGAAGAAGACAGUCACUACUCUCUGGUUCCUCAAUCUGGCCAUUGCAGAUUUCAUUUUUGUGCUCUUUCUGCCCCUCUAUGUCUCCUAUGUGGCCUUGAGUUUCCACUGGCCCUUUGGCCUGUUGCUUUGCAAGGCUAACUCCUUCAUUGCCCAGCUGAACAUGUUUUCCAGUGUUUUCUUCUUGACGGUGAUCAGCCUGGAUCACUAUUUCCGCUUGAUCCAUCCUGUCUUGUCUCAUCGGUACCGAACCCUGAAGAACUCAUUGGGCGUUGUUCUAUUUGUCUGGUGUUUGGCUUCUCUGCUUGGAGGUCCUGUCCUGUACUUCCGGGACACUGUGGAGGUCAAUAACCACAUUAUUUGUUAUAACAAUUUCCAGGAGCGAGACCCUGCCCUCACCUUGGUAAGACACCAUGUCCUGACCUGGGUCAAGUUCCUUUUUGGCUACCUCUUUCCUCUGCUGACAAUGAGCUUCUGCUACUUGUGUCUCAUCUUCAAGGCAAAGAAACGAAACAUCCCCAUGUCCACUAAGCAUUUUUGGACAGUCCUCUCUGUGGUCACUGCCUUCACGGUCUGCUGGACUCCUUAUCACCUGUUUAGCAUUUGGGAACUCGGCGUCUACCACAACAGCUCUUUCCAUCACGUCCUGCAGAGUGCCGUCCCUCUCUCCACUGGCUUGGCGUUCCUCAAUAGCUGCUUAAACCCCAUCCUUUACGUUCUGAUUAGCAAGAAGUUCCAAGCUCACUUCCGGGCCUCUGUUGCGGAGGUACUAAAGCAUUCUCUGUGGGAAGUCAGCUGUCCUGGCACAGUCAGUGAACAGCUCAGGAGCCCUGAGACCAGGAGCUUGUCUCCCUCAGAAACAGCCCAAUGAGUACUGUGUUCCUGGAAAUCAGCAUGCUGUCCUCAUGGGAUCCCGAUGACAAAUCCUGUCAGAUGAAGCUUCGUUCUGAUCUAAACUGCCCAUAUUUUUGUUGUUUUUGUUCAGUCUGUUGGUCUUAUAUUUUUGUGUAGGAUUUCUUCCCCGCAGUUUUAAAUGAUGCAUGUUUCUGGCUGCCCUCUGGUGGCGAUUGUGAUACUGACAACCUAAAACUUCUCCCACUGUU